UAUCUCCCAGCGUAACUCUCCUUAAUGAGAGGGAUUUUCCAGCGUUCCAGCUGAUCUGGGCAUCCCGGUUCCAAAGCGCAAGCGCGGAGAGUUUCGUUGCAAGCGGCCGCUCGGCGGGACUGCCGAAGCGAUGCGGCCGCGCUGGGGGCUCCUGUGGCUUCUCGGGGCCGCCGCUUCCUGCCUUCUGGAGGGCAGCCUCGGAUCCUCCCCUCACGUAAUCCGUGUGAGCUACUCUUCUGCGACGGAGGCUUGUCCAGGGCUGCCACCCUUCACAGGCGAACGUUAUAUAGACGAUCAGCUCAUCGUUCACUACGAAAGCCACACCAGGAAGAUGCAUCCUCGAGUGGAUUGGAUAAAUACACUGGAGAAGGAAGAUUCCAGAUUCUAUAACAAGUACACCUGGAUUUUGCAAAAAGAUGAGAAACGCUUUCAGGAGGACGUGCAAAUGCUCCAGAGACGCUAUAACCAAAGUGGAGGCUUUCACAUCGUCCAGUUGAUGGUCUUCUGUGAAGUGGGGGAAGAUGGGAAAAAGAGCGGCCGCUGGCAGUAUGGCUAUGAUGGGCGGCAUUUCCUUGGCUACGAGAUGGCGACCGGCAUCUGGACAGCAGUUGACAAAGAAGCUCAGGAGAUGAAGCGGAGGGUUGAAACUGCCGCCAAUCAGCGUUUCACAGAUUUCAUGGAGACCAUCUGCACGGAGUGGCUGCAGAAGAACGACCACUACAGAUCGGAGACAUCCUUGAGGGAAGUUCCUCCAGUGGUGACGAUGAGCAGCAGGACAGAAGCCGAUGGUAUGGAGAGGCACGUCUGCCGAAUCUACGGCUUCUACCCCAGGGGGAUCGAUGCCUCCUGGACGAGGGAUGGGGAAUUCUGGCUGCAAGACACCUUCCAUGAGUCUCUGGCCCCCAACUCUGAUGGGACCUACUAUUACUCGCUCGGAAUCCAGAUCGAUCCCAAGGAGAGGGGCCGCUAUCGGUGCCACGUGGAGCACGAUGGCUUGCAGCAGCCUCUGGAUCUGGACCUGAAGGUUCCAGAAUCCAGUUCCAGUCUGGGGCUCAUCAUCGGUGUUAGUGUGGCUGGCAUUAUCUUGGUGUGUGCAAUUUCUGGGAUCUUGGCAUUUCUCAGAUUCAGGAGAGGAGAGGAUGAUCCCAGGAAUGACCCUUCUCGUAGAGCUCCACUUAUGCCCAGUUGCUCAGGAACCAUUUGAAGUUACAACGGACCUCCUCAGAGUCUGAAACGAUGCUGUCAAUUGAGAUGGGAGCACAGGAAACAUUCCCACGUGGCUCUUUGUUCAUGUCACGAUGUCAACUUCCUGGCUCUGGCUGAGCUAUUUGGACUGCAAUUGAAUUGAUGAAAUGUUUGCAAAUGUAUUUGGAUAUUUGUAAGCUUUUUAACUGCUCAGAUAUUUAGCAAGUAGCAAAAUGUCCGCUGAGUUCAACACAAUGUGGUAAACAAGGAUAUCGAAACAAGGUGGCUGUAUUCACAAAGCUGUUAUGGCAGAAGAAGUAAAUAUAUGGUUUGAGGUGAAGGCCUGCUUGAUACAGCAAGCUAAGAUGAACCGCUUGAGUUAGAAUAGAAUAGAGCUGGAAGGGACCUUGGAGGUCUUGUAGUACAGGGCUUUUCAACUGGUGGUACGCGUACCAUCUGUGGUACUUUGCCACGUGGCAGGUGGUACACAAAUGCUAGCCAAGUGUAGCAGGGGAGGGGAAUGAGCCUAAGCGAGCCGAGCAGCUGCAUGACUGUCUGGGCUCGGCAGAAGCCCCAGGAGCCAGCAGGGCUCCAGCUGAUUGGCUCCAGCUGAUUGACGCUUCCGGAAGCAGCUCGGAGCUGGAGGUAAACUGAAGAAAAAGGGGGAGGAGGAGAGGAGAGUGUUGGAAUAUUCAUGAACAGGAAGAGUCAUGUGGUAACUCAGUCAGCCAAUGUGAAGAAAGAGCUACUGAGUCUGUGCAAAAAGUGUGUUG